ACCGGGUCACUGGGCUCCGAGAGCAAGCGAGCGGUCAGCGUGGAACCAGAAUCUCGAGCCUCCUGUCCUGAGGGCACGCCAGCAUGCCGGCAUGGCCCGGCCCAGCGGCGUCAGAGUCUUCAUCAAAUACCCAGCGUUUUUCUUCUGGGAGCUUGUCUUAGGGGGCCUAGUGUGGAUCCUGAUUGCCUCGUCCCUGGUGCCCUUCCCCCUGACCCAGGGCUGGGUGAUGUUCGUGUCUGUGUUCUGCUUCGUGGGCACCACUGCUCUGCUCUUCUGGUACAUGUGUGGCAGUGACUAUGAGGAGACUUCCUGGGUUAUCCUGGACAUAGUCUACCACUGUUUCGCCUCCAUGUUUUACCUCAGCGCCUCCAUCCUGGAAGCUUUGGCCACCAACAACAUGCAAGAGGGCUCCUACUUCACAUACCAACAUUAUCUUGAAAACAUCUUUGCUACGGUUUUUUCGUACCUAGCCACUCUGGUAUACGUGCAACAUGUGUGUGCUUCUUGCGGCAUAUUAGACUAUAGUUUAGGUGAAGAUUCAGAUAGUGAUAACUGAUCGGCCCACCUUGCAGCAAAGCUUUUCAGCAUGCAGAAAUGCUCUUGAAGGUGGAAAAAAGAAACCAAAAGAAGAGCAAUGCUGUGUGUCUUGUGGGUGUUGUGCUGACUCUCCCCUGUCCCUCCUGUCAGGGUUGGGACCUGCUGCGUUUAACCUCCAACUACUGAGCCGUCUUUCUUUCAGGGUCGUCUCCUGUUUGUGGAAGGGGGUGGUGGGGUGGAGUGUAGGGACUGUGAUCUGAGAGACCAUGGAACAAAGAUCCCUGCUGACCCCUGGACCGGAUCUUGAGAACUCUCUGCUGGAAUCUUCCACAGGCUCUUUUGAGCCCCCAUCUGGUGGCGUGUUUCUAAGUCUUCAUGGAGAUUCUCCCUGUCAUAAGGAUAAAACUCACCCAACAAAUAUUGCAGAUGUCCACGGUGAAGAUGAUAAACCUUUGAAAUACUUUACAAAGUGCCUUUAUGUUCAACACUUUUGUUGGGUGUUUUGUGCAUUUUGUUUCGAUUCCCCAGUAUCAGGACCAUCUUUCCAGCUUUCUUUCUGAGGAAUCCUGGGCUUAGACUGACUGUAUAGAUGUGGCAUCAAUGGCAGUUCAGAUGACAGCUGUGUGUGCUCGGCCACUGCACUCAGGGAGGCCCGCACUUGGUCUCCCACCCUCCCCAGCUACCAGGGGCCUCAGAUGCCUUCACCCUCUGGACACUCACCAAGUACCAGCCUGGGGUCCCUUCCUUUUCCUACAAGACAGAGGUCUGUGCUCAAUUAGACAGUCCUCAAGCCACAAGAAAACAAGGUAUAGAAGUUUCCUCUCACUCUGUGAAGCUGGUCAGAGAUGUUGUGGACAGUGGGCUGUGUGUUCUGUUCCAGUUAGUGAUGUGGAUAAUAAACUGCUUUUAGAAUUUCCUUGGGCCACUCCAUAGGGGAGAAAGGGGACCAGACUGCAGAGUGACAGGAAGUGAAGUGACAAGUGCUGAGGGCCACAUUCUGGGGAUGAGAUUCCCAGGUUGAAAGGAGAGGAGAUAAUGGGAAGGGGGCGCUCAGUGAGGAAUCCUGAGAGUCAGCUCCUGGCAUGAAGUGCUCCUUCAUCCCUUCACUCAAAGAAUCCAUGGUGUUCCAGAGCUGGGGCACUAGACCAGGAGCCUCAGAAACUGGUCAGCCCCCAGCCGUGGAGGCAGACGGGCAGGGCUGGCUGACCUCUGGCUUGCGGCCACAAGGGCAAAGCUUACAGCCUCAGGCAGAGGUUUAACUAGUUGACAUUUUCCUUCCCUCCCACCUUGGGGACCCCAUGACUAAGUUAGGUCUCAGUGGCAUCUCCAGGAAGUCCGUUGUUAUCCCAGGAUAAUUAUUCCAGAAAAGGGCCACUUUCAGUGAGUCCACGUAAAACAAAACUUAAGUAACAAUCUUCAGAGUAAAUCAGGAGCGGAAGGUUGACUGGGACGUCAUCUUGAAAAAUUAAAGUUCAAAUUAAGAAAUGAUGGAAGCAUGUCACUUGUUUAAGAAAAUUCACAAUCAAGCGUUGAUUGACACAAGUCUUGUUUUUUCAACAAAACUGCCUGAUCACAUUUGGGAAGCCAGCUCCAUGAUGCUGACAGAGGCGCAUUUUUGAACGGCAUCAAAAGAUAAACCAAAGGAUUAGUUGAA